CUGAGACGUUUUCUGGUAACAACAGUUCGAAGAUUUUGGCACUGGUACAGAGAUCAUCAACCAGGUCUUUCAUUCUAUGAACUCAUACCUCAGGAUCGUCCAGCUCGUCUCUAUUUUGACCUUGAAUUUUAUCGCGCAUCAAAUCCCGGUGUUAUUGAAGAAGUGUUAAUUAACGACUUUAAUGCUUGCGUGUCGGAAGAUAUGUUAGUGCUUGAGGCCUCAACGGAAACAAAAUUCAGCGAGCAUGUCAUUGUUCAUCUGCACGGUGGUUAUCUUUUUCCAUCAAAUAUUGCUAUGAAACCAUUUAUUGCGGAACUGGAGAAGAAAAUGUUCUCAUCGGGUCGAUGCUUGGUCUGGAAUGCAGAUGCCACGAAACUUGUCACACUAUGCGAUACUGCCGUCUAUUCGUUGUGAGU